AAAGGGCCGUAAAAAUACCAUAUCAUUAUCUCCUUGCUUCGGCACGACUUCCAACUGAGCUCGAACAAGAUGAGGCUUCACCAUUUACCCAGAAAUUGUGCAAUUUUGGCCACGAAACAUGAGUUUCAUUCAGCACAAUUUCCCAACACUUCUCAGUUUCAGGGCCCUUCCGAAGCAAAAGUUUGUGGAGAGAUAUUUAUCUCGAAACUGCUCAACAGAAGGUGGACAUCACCUAAGCCAGAUACCAAGAUUCACAAAAUAGUGGUCUCUGGUACACAAAUACAACAUGAUGGAAAACCACUUGAAAAUGUUUGUUUCUCAAAUGACACUAGUCCAGCUUUGGGGGAUAGCUUGAUGGAAAAGAACAACCAACAGCCAUCCUUUUAUAUUGUGAGGGAUGAUUUGUUGCACCCACUGGUGAAUGGUAACAAGGCAAGAAAACUUGAUGGGCUGUUUCCUCUCAUUGACGAAUAUUCAGUAACUGACAUUGUUACCUGUGGAGGUUGCCAAAGUGCGCAUGCAGCAGCUAUUGCUGUUUCAUGUGCAGAGAGGGGACUGAGGUCCCAUUUGCUUCUCAGAGGAGAACAACCUGAAAUUCCUACUGCCUACAAUCUCAUUUCCUCACUUUAUGGAAAUGUCAUAUAUGUUCCUAGAUCUCUUUAUGCUAAGAGGGAGGAAAUGCUUUCGCAAUAUGCUGAUUCGGUAGCAGGAAGCAGCAGUUCUGUUGUACGCCUUAGUGAUAUUUUAGAGGAUUCCUUGUCAACUCACUUGUAUGAGAAACCAAAUUUUGAGCGACUGGAUGCUCAUAGAUCUGCUGAAAAUUCAAAACGAGUUGUUAUUGUCAAUGAAGGUGCAGGAGAUGCUGUUGGCUUCCUAGGUGUUAUUCGGCUGGUGCAGUACUUGUCCCAAAACCAUGUUUUUGGAAAAGAGCAAGCCCUUAAAAUUGUAAUAGAUGCUGGGACUGGGACAACAGCCAUUGGUUUUGCACUUGGAGCUAUAUUUUUAGGGCUGCCAUGGGAGGUACAUGGAGUAAUGCUAGCUGAUAAUAUUGACGGGUACCAGAAACAGGAGGAACGGUUGGUUUCUGAAUUCCAAAGGUGUUUUAUGGUUCCCAUUGUUGACCAACUCUUGAAGAGAGCAAAUGGCACGCUCGUGCACUGGUCAGAACGCAGCUGCCCAAGGAAGUUUGGGAAGUUGUUGGCUGGAGAAGUGAAGGAAUGCCAGCGAAUCGCGCGGCAAACUGGCGUUCUAGUUGAUCCAGUAUACACUUUAGCUGCUUGGGAACUAGCAACACAACUCAGCCGGACAGAGGUGAACGGAGGUGCGAAAGUGGUGAUGCUUCAUACUGGGGGUACACUCGGCAUGUUUGGGUUGGCGCAGCGGUACAAGUCUGACUUUUGCACCCUCAAAUGACUUUAGAAUUGAUAUAGCAGUAUUCUAUCUGUGUUUAGAGUUUCAAAAUGCCUGACCUUAUGAAGUCUUGAGACAUAAUUCAAUGAAAUCCAAUUCAUUACUUGCAGAGCUUUAGCCC